GUUGGUUAUUAGUUUGAUGACUUUGAUCUAUUCAUUUUAUACUUUUUUUUUUCUUUUCUUUUAUUCUUUUUCCUCAAUCCUGGAAUUUUUGGAAAUCACAUUCAUUUUAUACAGUAACAUUAGAUGAUCUUGUUCAAAGUUUCUACAUAUGCCUAGAAAUGACAUUUUCUAUGAUUCUCCCGGCUUAGUGGAUCCACCACCUCCAGCAUCUAAUGAAGAGCCAUCCCCUAAGAAAACUGAUACAACUUUGUUCUUCCUUGGAGGGAUAGUGGUGUUCAUCAUAUUGUUGAUAAUUUUGGUUGUAUUUUGGAAGCGUACCAAAGGGACCAAAAAUACAACACCUCCUAAAACUACUAAAGGCAAACAAGGGAAACUUACUGAAACAGCAGAAGUUAUAGAUAUGAUGUUUUCAUCUAAACAACAGCAAGGAUCCAUGGAGUUGUUGAGUGGGAACCUUAGGACAAUUAGUUACUUUGACUACCAGAUAUUAAGAAGAGCAACCAAGAAUUUUUCUGCUACUAAUCUUCUUGGAAGUGGUGGAUUUGGGCCUGUCUAUCGGGGAAAGUUGAUGGAUGGAAGAGUAAUUGCUCUUAAGAAACUAUCUUUGAACAAAUCCCAGCAGGGAGAAAGAGAGUUUCUGGCAGAGGUGAGGUUGAUCACAAGUAUCCAACACAAAAAUCUCGUUCGCCUUCUUGGAUGUUGCAUUGAUGGACCACAAAGGAUACUUGUCUAUGAAUACAUGAAGAACAGAAGUUUGGACCUCUUCAUAUAUGGGAACAAUGCUGAUCGAUUCCUGAAUUGGAGCAAUAGGUUCCAAAUUGUUCUAGGCGUGGCAAGGGGAUUGCAGUACCUUCAUGAGGAUUCACAUCUAAGAAUUGUUCACCGAGACAUCAAAGCAAGCAACAUUCUUCUUGAUGAUAAGUUUCAUCCCAAGAUUGGAGACUUUGGCCUUGCCAGAUUCUUCCCUGAAGACCAAGCUUAUCUUAGCACACAAUUCGCUGGAACAUUGGGUUAUACAGCACCUGAAUACGCUUUAAGAGGAGAAUUAUCAGAAAAGGCGGAUAUCUAUAGUUUUGGAGUUCUGUUGCUCGAAAUUAUUUGUUGUAGAAAAAACACAGAUCUCACUUUGUCAUUGGAAAUGCAGUACCUCCCGGAAUAUGCAUGGAAACUUUACGAGAACUCAAAGAUUAUGGAGCUUGUAGAUCCAAAGCUGAAAGAAGAGGGGUUCGUGGAGAAAGAUGUUAUGCAAGCAUUCCACGUGGCAUUCCUCUGCCUUCAGCCUCUUGCAAAUCUAAGACCUCCGAUGUCAGAGAUCGUGGCACUCUUGACAUUCAAAAUUGACAUGGUCACAACACCAAUGAGGCCUGCAUUUCUUGAUCGAAGGCGCAAAACUGAUUUUCAAACCCCUUCCCCAGAAGUAAUAUCCAUGCUUUCACAUCUCCCAUGAGUAGUCUUAUGUAGUAACCAGAAGGAUUGCUUAAACGGAUCUAUAUUCAGAAGAAAUUCUUGUAUAUUCAUAA